AAACAUAUGGAUUAGGCUCAAACCCUAAGCAAUAAGAGUUGGUGCACAGCCAUUUUCAUCCUUCAGAAACAGUGAAGGAGAAGAAGAGAGCAGGAUGGGCUAUAAAAUAAAGCCAUGGCUAGUAGCUGUCUAUCUCUCUCUCUUGCUCCUGAGAAAAACUGAAACUUGAUUUCAAAAAGCCUAAGAACCCUCUGUAGAAUAAGAAAAAUGGUUGCAGUGUUUAAUAAGGAGCUAUUAAGUUGGUAUCUAAUCACUCUCAAACUGAGGGAAACCGUGGAAGCUGGAAUCCCAAAGUCACCUGGUUCUACCCAAUCAGUCGACCUCCAAUUCGAACCACAACCACCUCCGGAGAAUCAGCGGCUGCCGCUGCAAGAACCCUCUUUUUCGAAUUCGCAUUUGAUAUCAAUCAAUGGUGGCGAAGAAAAUGUUAAAGAAGAAAGAGAAGAAGCAAAUCCGAUGGAAUCAGAGUGGGCGAUCUCCAUUAAAGAGAAGCUAAAGCAAGCCCGUCAAGAUCAUGACGCUGCCUCGUGGGGCAAGCUCUGCAUAUACCGAGUCCCACAGUACCUCCGGGUGGGCGACGACUCCGAUAAGGCCGACAAGGCCUUCGUCCCCCAAAUCGUUUCCCUGGGUCCCUACCAUCACGGCCGGAAGCGUUUCCGAGAUAUGGAACGUCACAAGUGGCGAUCCCUCCAUCAGAUUCUGAAUCGAACCCAUCAAGACGUGAACCUCUACCUCGAUUCCAUCGGGGAGGUCGAGGACAAAGCCCGAGCCUGCUACGAAGGACCGAUCCCUCUCACUAGUAACGAAUUCGUGGAGAUGAUGGUUCUCGACGGCUGCUUCGUGCUCGAGCUCUUCCGAGGCGCUGCCGGGGGUUUCAAGCAUCUGGGCUACUCCCGAAACGAUCCUGUUUUCGCAAUGCGAGGAGUGAUGCACUCAAUCCAGCGCGACAUGAUCAUGCUUGAGAAUCAAAUCCCACUCUUCAUCCUCGAUCGCCUCAUGGUUCUCCAGAUGGGUGAAUCUAACCAGAAAGGACUAGUGGCCAAACUCGCACUCCCAUUCUUCGACCCAUUAACGCCAACAGACGAGCCUCUACAAAAGAGCGAUCAGAAUAAGCUGGAGUCGUCGCUGAUUCACCCGACCACCCCCUUCGAUCCAUUAACAGACCAAGACGGCCUCCACUGCCUGGACGUUUUCCGGCGAAGCCUCCUGCGGAGAGGCCCUGGACUGGAACCACAUCCGUCAAGGAAUUGGAUGAGAUGGAGAUCACAAACCGUGAGGGUGGCAGACAAGCGGAGGCAACAAUUAAUCCAUUGCGUGACGGAACUGAGGGAAGCAGGGGUGAAGUUCAGGAAGAGGAAGACCGAUCGAUUCUGGGACAUCAAAUUCGAAAAUGGGGUACUGUGGAUACCGAGGCUAUUGAUCCACGACGGGACCAAAUCUCUGUUCCUGAACCUGAUAGCGUUUGAACAGUGCCAUCUAGACUGUACAAACGACAUAACCUCGUAUGUGAUCUUCAUGGACAACCUGAUAAACUCGCCGGAGGAUGUGGGUUACCUCCAUUACUGUGAGAUCAUGGAGCAUUGGCUCGGAAGCGAUGCAGAGGUGGCCGAUUUGUUCAAUAGGUUGUGUCAGGAGGUGGUGUUCGACAUCAAUGACAGCUACCUCUCCCGGCUGUCGGAGCAGGUGAAUCGAUACUACAAUCACAGGUGGAACGCAUGGCGGGCUAGCUUGAAGCACAACUACUUCAACAAUCCCUGGGCUAUUAUCUCCUUCGUUGCUGCUGUUGUCUUGUUGCUCCUUACUUUGGCUCAGACCUUUUACAGCGUCUAUGGCUAUUACUGGCCAAAUUCGUAAAAACCCAGUAAGAGAAUUGAAUCAAAAUCACUUUUAAUAUACUCUCAAUGUCUGCAACAGACAUUUUUUGAUUUCAUACAAAAAUGAGAUAUUUGUUUGAUUUCAUACAAGAAUGAGUUAUUGGUGUAAAAACUUACAACAUUGUAGUACAAUUUUUUUUUUUUUUAAAGAAUAGUCACUUCUGGUACAUUUGCCACUUUUAGAUCUUGUAGUAGUGGGAGUCUCGUGUUGCUCUUUUUUAAUUCUGAUAUAAGAUGUUUGUUGAAUUCUGAUUCAAAUAAUCACUAUAAAUAGUGAGCAGAUCAAAACAAGAUUCAGGGUUAGUCAAUUUCAAUUUAAAUCAUUGUGGGAAAAUUGAGUUUUCUUACUUGACUCACCCUCACAAAACUUGGAAGGUGAGUCAUGUUUUAAGCUUCGAGCUUA